AUGCUUCCCUCACUUGUCUUUGCUUAUUAGUAUAUCCCUCAUUCACUCUCUUUUCUCCGGCAGCACCAAAACCACCCAACACUUGAAAUCAAUAUCCAUUGUUACCAAAAAAGAAAAGAUCAAAACACCCUUUACAUCAUUAUACUCAGUUCCCUCUUUCCCUAUCAAAACCCUUUCCCACAACACUACUCACUCUAGUAGUACAAGCAAAACCUUCUAACUUUGGCUUCAGCGGCACAUAUAUAUAUAUAUAGAACAUGUAUACCUUGAACCACUCUUCAUAUUUGUACCAUGUUUCCCCUGAGCUCUCCUCUUCCUUGGACUCGUCCUCGCCGGCUUCCGAGGGCUCUCGCGGCGUGGCAUUUUCCGACGAGGAGGUGCGGCUGGCGGUGAGGCACCCGAAGAAGCGGGCCGGGCGGAAGAAGUUCCGGGAGACGCGCCACCCGGUGUACCGGGGCGUGAGGAGGAGGAACACGGAUAAGUGGGUAAGUGAGGUGAGGGAGCCCAACAAAAAGACCAGGAUUUGGCUGGGGACUUUUCCCACGCCGGAGAUGGCGGCACGGGCCCACGACGUGGCGGCAAUGGCCCUGAGGGGCCGGUAUGCCUGUCUCAACUUCGCUGACUCGACGUGGCGGUUACCAAUUCCCGCCACUGCUAACGCAAAGGAUAUACAGAAAGCAGCAGCAGAGGCUGCCGAGGCUUUCAGACCAAGUCAGACCUUAGAAAAUACGAAUACAAAGCAAGAGUGUGUAAAAGUGGUGACGACAACAACGAUCACAGAACAAAAACGAGGAAUGUUUUAUACGGAGGAAGAAGAGCAAGUGUUAGAUAUGCCUGAGUUGCUUAGGAAUAUGGUGCUUAUGUCCCCAACACAUUGCAUAGGGUAUGAGUAUGAAGAUGCUGACUUGGAUGCUCAAGAUGCUGAGGUGUCCCUAUGGAGUUUCUCAAUUUAAUAACGUGCUUUUGGUUUGGUUUUUUAUGUUAGUUUUGGAGUGUGACUGUCUGUACUGGUUUUUUAUUAGUAGUACGGAUACUAGCUAUAGGUGGCAGAUUGAAAGGGACCAAAAGGAAUUUUCUUUUGAAACCCUUUUUGUCAAAGUAAUCAAUCGCGUAUCAUCAAGUGAAUCCCUUGAUCAAGUUUAUGUAUGAAUUAAAUAAAAGAAGAAUCUAGUUUUGGUAUGAA